AGCGCAUGAUCAUCCUGUGAUUUGUUUGUGGGUCUAUUUCAGGUUGCAGCCGCUGGACCCGUGGUCAGUCCGAGGGUCAGAACCUCCCGAUGAGCCGGAUGGGUUCGGCCCGCUGGUUGCUGCCACUUCUCCUGCUGGUUGGAGCCUCGGAGCGUUCCGGUGCCGGACCGUUGCACGCCCAGUGCAGAGUAGAGUGGUACUUAGGGAUUCCAUGUCAGGCGGUUUACGAGUCCCUGGUGUCGCAGAUCAAGAAGUGGAGGACGAUGACUGACUGCGCCAUGGGAGGACAGAAGUGCUUGUACAAGUUGCAGUCGGCCUCUGUCCACUUCAUCGCAGCCAAACACACGACUCCCUUCGAGAGAUAUGUGGACGACAUCAACUUACGACUCGUCUCCUACGGCUUUUUCACUGGUUGCCAUGUGUCGGCCAUGUCCGUGUCUGAGACCUGGUACGCCGUUCGGGACCACGGCACCAACUACUGCAACCUCUACAACCUCAUGGAAGGAAGUGGUCUUACUGAAGCCAGGGGUUAUAGAGAGGUCACCAGUGACUUCCUGUGUACCCAGCGCUCCUCUGCCAACUGCACCAUCUACUAACUGAAGGGUCACCAAUGACAUCACUGCACAGUGUUUGGCCUUUGGUGGGUUUUACUUGGAAUGAGUUGUCUUUGUGUAAUAAAGGUAUAAUGAAUACAAA